AUGCAAAGGGCCCCACGCGCGGCAGUCUCCCCACACUGCAGGGCCGAUUGGAGUGGCCAUGAGACCGCAGUCAUAGAUCUUCCCACCCGUAGAGCUAUGGGGAGAUAUCAAAGACUGCUUGGCAUUGGCCGGGUGGUCCGACAUGCGCUGCUGGCCCUGCUCAUGCUAGAGCUGCUUGUCGUAGCGGAUGCCUCAAGUUCCACCGUUGCAUCCGGAGGGACGAGUCCCCCAGGCGUAGCGACAGUGAGCGAUGCCGGAAGUGCACGUGAUGGUAAGCCUGCAAUGCAGGAUACUAUUGUCCUGAGCGAGGGAGCAGGUGCUAAAUCACAGACCACAACUACUACGGGCGGCCUCGUUUCGGCUGAACAGCGUGACAAGGGGAAUCUGGAAAUGCUCCGCGCCCUCAUGCUUGAAGCAGAUGCAACUGAGUCCGAGAAGCUGACAGACAGCCAGUAUUUUUUGGGAGUUAUGUCCCAGAAAAUCAAGCGACAUUUCCUGGCUGACCUCCUUUCGGUGAUCUUGCUGUUUGCUGGGUACUAUGUCCUGGCUGCUGGACUCGAUCGGAGGCCGACACGAAAGACAUCAAACAGAAGUUCGAAAACGCAGAUGUCAAGUGGGUCUCAAUGA